UCCCUUUUUACAAAAAUUCGCCGUUUCAGCACUAUUCGUUUUAUAAUAAUGUCCGAUUCUGAUGAAACAGUUGGUCCAGAUUCUGAUGAGACUCUUCCACCUGAUGAAGAUGAGAGUAACAGAUGCUACUCACCAGAUUUGUUUGAUAAUCAAGUGAGUUUUAUUAGAAAAAUGGAGACAACAUCUAAAACUGGAGCUGUGAAGAAACAUGAUAGUAGUGCACAUGAUAUAUCCGACAGUGACUCUGAUACAGAAACUAAAAUAUUACAUUCAUCUAAAGGUAAAACAAAGGGAGAUCAGCAUGUCACCCCUUUAAAGGACGGUAACAAACAUACAAAUAAUAAAAAUUCAAAUGGUUAUGAUAAGAUGGUGUCCCAUAAAACACAAGAAAAGCUUCAAAGAGAAAGUACACAAUCCAGUACUGUAGAACAUGUACAGUCAGAGAGAAAACAGUUUAUGAACGAUUUUUUAAACAUGACAGAAAGUGACUCAGAUAGUGAAUAUGAGAAAAAUAAGAAGAUACUUAAUGCAAUGAAAGAAAAAGCUCACAGGAACAAAUCAAAGGUUUCUACGAAAACUGAAAUUGAUGAAGACUUUGCUUUAAAUAGCAUUAAAGAAAAGUCAAAAACAGUAAAAAGGUCAGAAUAUUUAGAAAAGAACCAUUUUUUGCAAAAGCCUCACAAAAAAGACUAUAGUCAACCCUUACUUAAACAGGAGACUAUUUCUAGCAGUAAUGAUGGAUCAAAAGAUGUCUCUACCUUGUCAAAGAAAUCUGAAGUUAAGGAGAAAUAUGAAUAUUCAUCAUCAAGUGUUAAGAGGAAGCAUUCAAGAUCACCUGUACCACAGCAGUUACGUAAAGCUGUGACAGAGAUUUUGAAUAACAAUACAAAUUCUAUAAAGAAAAAAGUACCAUGCCAAUAUGGAGCAAAAUGCUAUCGCAAAAAUCCAUCUCAUUUUGAAGAAUACAGUCAUCCAAAAGAUGAAACUAGCACCCCAGCUUCUAAAAAAAUUAAACUGGAAUCACCAUUGUCUUCAAAGAUCAAACCAAAGUCACCUUAUAGUUCAAAGGUCAAGGUAGAAACAUCAGCAGAUGACAGAUCAAGGUCCCCUACAAGGUCAAAGGUCAAGUCAGAAUCAAGUUUAUCAUUAUUGAAAGGUUCAUCAGAAAUGCCAUCUACCUCCAAGGUGAAAACGCAUUCCCCAACCUCAGAUUGUCAAGUCAAGAGAAGGUCAAGGUCGCCAUGUCAGAAUCCUUCAACUCUAAGAGGAAAAUUAAAGAUUGCACAGCCAUAUAAUUUCUUUCUCACAAAGGUUGCUGGUAUUGCUGACAAGUAUAAUUCUACAUAUACAAUGGACAUAAAAGAUAUUUUAAGUGAAGACAUGGGCAAUCUGAAGGCUUCAUGCCAGUUCAAUUUCAUGUUUGAUAUACAGUGGCUUAUGAAGCAGUACCCACAGAAAUUCAGAUCAAAACCGUUAUUGAUUGUCCAUGGAGAGCAGGGUUCGAGCAUGACUGCCCUCCAAGCACAGGCUAUAUCCUACACUAAUAUAAGAUUCUGUCAGGCAAAGUUAGAAAUGAUGUAUGGGACACAUCACACAAAGAUGAUGUUACUACUGUAUGAGGAAGGAUUAAGGGUUGUUAUUCAUACUUCCAACCUUAUACAACAAGACUGGCACCAGAAAACACAAGGAAUGUGGAUAAGUCCAUUGUUUCCGAAGUUAUCCGAGGCUAGUAAAGAUAGAGGUGAUAGUGUGACACAUUUCAAGAGAGAUUUGAUAGACUACAUGCAAGCCUACAAGGCUUAUCAGUUAAAGGAAUGGAUAGAUCAUAUAGCUGAACAUGACCUGUCGACAGCAAGGGCUGUAAUAAUUGGUUCAGUGCCAGGUAGACAUGUAGGGGACAAGACUAAGUCCAUGUGGGGCCAUCUGAAACUUAGAAAAGUUCUACAGGAACAUGGUCCUACACAGGGAACUGUAAAAACAUGGCCUGUGAUUGGUCAGUUCUCAAGUAUAGGGUCAAUGGGGCCAAAUAAGGAGAACUGGUUAUGUGGGGAGUGGCAGCAGUCACUGUCAGCAACUAGAUCAGGAACUGGACCCCAGAGUCAGUCCCGGCUACAACUGAUAUUUCCAAGUCGUCAUAAUGUACGUCUGAGUUUAGAGGGUUACCCAGCUGGUGGAAGUAUACCAUAUACAACAAAAACUGCCAUGAAACAACAAUAUCUGCAUGACUUCUUCCAUGUAUGGAAAAGUGAAGGUAGAGGUAGAAGUAGAGCUAUGCCACAUAUUAAAUCAUACGCCAGACCCAUGCAGGAUGGCUCAAAAGCAGCCUGGUUUCUGGUUACUAGUGCUAAUUUAUCAAAGGCUGCAUGGGGAGCAUUGGAGAAGAAAGGGGCACAACUCAUGAUUAGAUCAUAUGAAAUUGGUGUUCUUUUCUUGCCAAAGUUUUUUGAUGAAGGGGAGAUUUUCCCUAUCACAUCAGAUCCAGAGAGUGCGGCCACCACAAACAAAUUCCUUCUUCCAUAUGAUCUCCCUCCAACCAUUUAUGACAAGACAGACCGCCCAUGGAUGUGGGAUAUACCAUAUAUGGAUCUACCAGAUACAAAUGGAAAUGUAUGGUGCCCUUUCUCAAAGUGAACAACUUCUCUACAACCUUGUCUAGCAGAAUAUUCCUAACAUCAGGAUAAAUAUUUAUGGAUUUUAAAAAAGUUGCAAAAUGUAAUUCUAGUUACCUCCCUUUAUCUACCAGCAGUUCAUCUGACUUGAAAAGGAUAAUGAGGGUUGAUCGCAAAACUGUUGUUAGUCCGUUAUUUCAUAAAAGAUACUUUUUUAGUGGUCAGCCCUGGAUAAGGCAACAUUUAAGGUUAAUCAAAGAUGCAGUGUCACUUUUAUAAUGCUUUUUUCAAUUGUCACAAAUAUCCUUGCUGAUUUACCAACCUUUAAUUGUUAUAAUCUUGAUGGUUUGAAAGUAUGUAUUAUAGAAAUUAUAGCUAAUUUGAAGUGUGUGACCUAUAAGUAUUGAUGUUUUUCAUAAUUAUAAAGUGCUCUGUUAAUCAUAAAGAUUAUACAUUAACAUUUGAUUAUGUGCAAUAGAUGGUAUAAAUAUGUUUAUAAUGAAUUUGCUCUUGCCAAUAAAAUCUACCACGAACAUGUUGUUCAUUCGAUAUUUAAGUUCAAUUCAUUCUUUUAAAUUUCUUCAACUUACUGUCAAUUAUCAACUUUUGCACCCUUCUACAUUUACAUAUUUAAUGAACUGGAUAUGUAUUUUCUUGGAAUAAAUUGUUUGUGUAAUGAU